GAUGGAGACGGCGAAGAGGGCACGACGGAGAGAUGACUGCGACGCUCCACCGGAUUUUUCCUCUCUUCCUCCGGAGAUGAUAGGGGAGAUUCUCCUUCGAUUACCCGCGAAAUCGAUCGCCCGAUUCAGGUCCGUGUCCAAGCUCUUUCGCUCUCUCUCGUCGGAUCGUGCGUUUGCGAAGACCCACCUCGAUCUUUCCCUCCGAAGCGACGCCUUCCCAUCGGGUCGGACAAGGCUCAUCGUGUCUCGCCACAAUCUCUACACGGUGGAUUUCGAUUCGAUCUGUUAUGGGUGCGACGGAAUUAGGGAUUUGGAUGCUGUUGAGAUCCAUUACCCGCUCAAAGACCAACCCAACCUUCUGUACAUGGAGGAUGAAGAUGAGUAUCCUGACAUGGUUGAUCCCGCGUAUAAGAGAAACCCGGUUCCAAUUUUUGGAUCUUGCAAUGGUUUAGUGUGUAUCUCUCCUGAUGAAGGCGCUUUGUUCUUGUUCAAUCCGACCACUGGAGAAUCUAAGAGGAUUCCAGACCUGCCCGAAUCGCUAGGAUUGGGGUCCAGAGGGGCGUUUGGGUUCUGGUUCGAUUCUAUAGCCGAUGAUUAUAAGGUGGUGAAACUUGUCAGGGGUGAUGAUGUUCUGAAUGCUAUUGUUUACUCUCUGAAGACAGAUUCUUGGAAAUGGGUUGGCGAUUUGCGAUACAAUGUGGGCUUUAGAUCUUGCAGCUCAGGCGUUCUUGUUAAUGGUGUACUCCACUGGAUUGCAAGACUUCGAGAGGAUAAUGAUCGACAGUUUGUAGUGGCAUUUGAUACAAUGUCUGAGCAGUUCAAAGACAUGCCUUUACCCGAUGAAGCUGAGGAUUGCCCAAACUGUGAUGAUGGGGAUUUAGUGGUCGGGGAACUCAAUGGGCGUCUCUGCAUUGGUAACAAUUGCUUCGACUUGCACGAUGAUAUAUGGGUUAUGAAUGAAUAUGGGGUGGCUAGCUCUUGGAGUGGAAUUCGGGUCCGCGAGGAUCACGGAUACAUGGGGCUGCUGUGUUCAACUAGGAACGAGGAGCACGCUCUUGCGGAACUAGAUGGAGAGUUGGUGUUGUGCAAUCUGGGGAAUGGCACAUCAAGACCAGUGGUCCUUAAAGGUCUUCAGAUGUACGAAGAUUUUGAGGUCCAUGUAUACGUAGAAAGCCUCGUAUCACCGAACUCAUAUGGUAGGGCUUAGCUCAUUAGCAUUGCAUCAGACCAUGGAUCAAGAUGAUGAUGAUGAUGAUGAUGAUGGUUCAUGAAGAGAGUUGGUGCAGAAACAUAUUUGGAGUUUGAAGUUUUUUUGGAGAAAUGUGUGUGUAUAUAUACCAUGGAAAGCUGUGGGUGGACGUUUCGCGAAACGGUUCGGGUUCGAGACGGGAAUGCAUCGGUUCGGUUUUUUCGGUUUUACAAUUGGUACCAAUCAGUUUUUAU